GCGCUUUGAACCUAUUGUGUGUUUUAUUUGUGUUUUGGUUGUGGUUUAUUUUUUCCAAAAUUAAAACAAACUUGAGUUCAGUAAGCUGCGCCUGCGCACCGAUCACUUAUUUAUUUUUUUGCAUUUUUUUUUUUUUAAAGCUGGAGGUAUGCUGCUGCUUUUCCCAAAACUCACCAGCUGCUGCAAGCAGCAAAGGUGCUGGAAAGUGCAGAACUAGGGCGACCCACCCGGACGCCAGCAGCGGGAUAUACAGUAGGCUGGUCUCAUCAUGCUGUCACCGUCUCUGCCUCCACUCUGCUGCAGAGCACGCGUGUGUUUUGGGUCGUAUUCUUAAACCUGCUCCCCCGAAUUGAGAUGAUCUAUUUUUGUAAUGGCGAAGGGUCUGUUUCCACGGGCCUGGGUGAAAAAGUCUUUCUACUUUCAGGCUCGGAUCUCCUUCGUGCGAGUGAAGUACCUGUUCCUUACGUGGCUGACUGUGCUUGUGGGCAGCUGGGUGCUCUAUGUGCAGUACUCCACCUACACUGAGCUCUGCAGAGGACAUGAGUGCAAGAACACUAUUUGUGACACGUACAGACGGGGAGUUAUUGAUGGCUCGGCCUGCAGCAGUCUGUGUGACAAAGAAACGCUCUACAUGGCCAGGUGUCUGUCCUCAGUCCCAAACAACCAGGUGUACACGGGAAGCUGGGGAGACCACAGCGGAAUCGUCCGCUGUAAGUUAGGGGAGGUGGUGCACUACGAGCUGGGCGAGGAGCCGGAGCCCCGGAGGGAGGCCCCCAUGUUUAACAAGCCCACCAGAGGAACCUCAGUCGAGAAGUUUAAAGAGAUGGUCUUCAAUCACCUCAAGUCAAAGCUUGGGGAACACGUGAACCUCGCCAACCUCGUUGCCCAGAUCCUCUCUGUCACCGACGGCAACAGAGACGGACGGGUUUCCCUGCCAGAAGCUCGCUCAACGUGGGCGCUCCUGCAAAUGGAUGAGGUGCUGCUGAACCUGCUGCUCCAGGACCGCGGACACACUCCUCGCCUCCUGGGCUACUGCGGCGACCUCUACAUGACGGAGCACAUCCCCUACGGGCCCCUGUACGGUCUGUCGCUGCCCUGGCCGCUGGUGUCCUGGGUGCCCAGCAGUCUGCAGCGCAGGAUGGACCAGUGGUUCACCCCCUCCUGGCCUCGCAAGGCCAAGAUCUCCAUGGGCCUGCUGGAGCUCGUGGAGGACAUCUUCCACGGCCCCUACGGCAGCUUCCUGAUUUGCGACUUCGCCGCGGCACAUUUCAGAUACACCGACCGGCACGAGCUCCGCCUGACCAACACCCGGGCGGUGGUUCCAGAGGACGAGUUCAGGCGCGCCAUGCGGGUCCUGAAGUGCGAGAGGGACGGGGACUGCGUGUACGGAGUGGACUGCCAGACGUCGUGCGACCUGUCGGAGAGACGAUGCCGGGAGGAGCCGGUCCAGCCCAACCUGGCGAAGGCGUGCGGUACCCUGAAGGACUACCUCCUGCGCGGCGCGCCGUCAGGGAUGAGAGAUGAACUGGAGAGGCAGCUGUAUGCCUGUAUGGCCCUCCGGGGAAAUGCUGGACAGAUGAACAUGGAGCACUCGCUUAUCCUGAACAACCUGAAAGCUCUGCUGUGGAAACAGAUCUCCCACACCAAGGACUCGUGACAAGCAGAGGGUUUCCUUUCUGGGGUCGCCAGUCAGUUCAAGCAGAGCUGAGUGGGAAAGAUGCUGUGAUUUAUGAGAAGUAUAUUCAAUGAAGUCAUUUUUAUCAACUUCUAACAUUUACGAAAGGUCAGAGUGGUGGACCUACCUCCUCUUUAACAAUUUUAGAAGAUGUGACUACUUUCAUAAGACUAACCUAAUGAUUGCAUGUUGCCAAGCGGGCAGAUGUUAAACUAAUCACUCAAACACAUUGUGCUGUAUUACAUCGUUCACCAGACAUCAGGAAACCACACACAACGUUUUGCUGUCCGUCUAAAUAACUCCACGCUAGUCCGUAAUCCUUCAAGAACACCUUUUUUAGAAACAAAACUGACCUUCAUCCACAUUACACCAUCAGUAAUGCACAUUACACAGCCGAGUGCAGACUCUGACCACAUUACAGCAGCAGUUCCUGCUCGGUUUAUGCCGUCAUUGAGGCAUGUCUGUGUUAUCAUCUGAUGGUGGUCACAUGGUAUAAGUUCAGUAAGUCUGGGAAGGAUGUCCAGUGAGCCAGAACAAUCAUGAUGUGAAUCGGCUCGUGAUGUGACCGGGUCAGGAUUUGUGAAGGCCCAGUUUACAAACCGCACCGGGAUCCGCAGAUCAAACAUUUUUCCGCGUUCAGGGUCAAAGUGCCCAGAGUAGCGUGACUGCCAGGUGUUUGAAAUGAAAAUGCACUAGUGUGGACUCUGCAGACGCGGCUGCUUCUGCUGCUGUCAUGUUGACAUGCGCUGCAGAAGGUUAUCAUUUACUUUAUUCCAAUCAGACAAAUCAGGUAUCAAAUGUGACCAAGUUCCAACUUUAAGUGUAAAUGAAUACGCCAUGUCUAAUUAUGUUCAGGCUCCUAUGAAGAAUGGGGAAAAAACAAACAUGUUGAGCUGCACCUUAACAGGUAUCGUUCUAACAAAUCCAUUGAGUGGACCAAAACCAACUGCACUAUUGUCUCUAUUUUUUUUCUUUCUUUAAACGACAGUGGGCACAGACGCUGGUGCAAAAAAGGACAUUUGCUUCCCAUAACAGCUAUGCUUGUCAGUAGUAGUGCUGUAGUAUUGAUCAACAGGACAAAUAGAUGAGACUAGUUCAGAAUAAUGAAACAUUCAAUAAAAACUUUGCCAAGAAAGAGUUUAACAAAACAUUCAAACCAUGAAGCGAAUCAACAUACCGUCAAAAACAAGAUAAUUAUCUUAAAUCAAUAUUCAUGAGGUGAAGGAAAGAUGUGCAGUUUUGGAAAGGAGGAAAAUGUAACUGCGGUCCAGGAGUUUGCAGAAGUCAGACAAAAUCUACACAACGUUCAGGAGAUACUUGAACUAAUGCUGCCUGAUUGUGCUUUCAUAGACUCUUACUCCAACAAGUUUGGUGAUGUGAAACAGGAAUGUAGCGUAACAGUUUGGUCACACGCCUGCCAUCGUUCCUCAUCAAAUAUCUAGACACCUUUCAAGUCUUAUGGACAACAGCUCUUCAUCAGUCUGUAAAAUUAACUGGAGCAGGUAAUUGCUCGGAGGUGAAUCCAUAUUCCGCUGAAGUCGUACUGUGAAUCCAUGUUCAUCACCACGCUGGGCACUUAUCGUUGACAAAAACAAACUGUUACGUGUUUCGUGAAUGUUUCAACCGUUGGUGUCUGUAACUCUUUUUUUACUUUGAUCACAGUGCCACAAAUGAUGCUGGUUAUUUUUCAAACAACUGUUAGGAUGUAAUAACUCAUGACUUAUGUUUUAUUUUUUCCCCCAUGAUUCCUUCCAGCUGCUGAAAUGAAGUUGACAACUUGACAUGCUGUAAACAAAACCGUACGUGUAGACAGAUCUAUCACGCUUGUGAUCAGUGCUGCUGUUUUGAAAAUGAUUGAAAUGUUUACUUAAUUGAAGAAACCAGCAUGAUUUUGCACAAUCAAAUGACAUACCACUUACUUUUAACUGGUUAUCUUUUAUGAACUGUCAGAUUUAAAAUGUAAAUGAAGGAUUAAAGACUACAUAAGAAUUAUAGUUGUGGCUGUAAUUCAAAACACAAGCAGACAAAAAUCCCAAUUUAUUUCUCAGUCAUUCAACUCAAUAAGAGAGAGGCACAAGUUUGCAUUUGUAAUAAAUUUAUUAGUCUGUGAUGUGUGUUGCAUGCUUGCAGCGCGACGCCGCUGCACCACACUCCUAACCCUCGUCUGCCUCUUGUUCUUGUGCUCGUAAGUAGCUGGCCUUCUUCUGGGCGACGCGGUCCUUCCUCUGUUGCAAAGAUAACUUGGCGCGGUU